AUGGAGGAUGACCUCCGUGGUUGGAGUGUCUGGAGCUUGGAUGUUUGCGUGGAGGCGCAAGACGACUUCAUCGAAGUGCUGUUGAACAGCGCCUGGGUCACGGGCAUUCUGGGAGAUCCAGUGUAUGAUAUCAGAGACGCUUAUGCUGAUAAGAGCCGGUGGACUGCUUUGGAUUAUGUCACAGACCAACACGACUACAGCUUUAAGUCCAUAGAAGCGUGGCCUUUGGAUGCUGCUGUCAUUUACAGCCCUACGGACCGAGCAGCGCUGUUGCUUGGAAGUUUGAAAGCUGCGUGUAGCUUGGAAGACAUUGUGGAGACCACGUCUUUGAAGGUCACUGUGGUGGUCACCAUGUGCGCGCAGGAGAUGAAGAUCGCAGGCGCGCCGACAGACUGGACGAAAUACUUUCAACAACAAGAUGUCUUUCACAUCCAGUGUCACUUGGAGGACACGACAUUGAAGCCGGCAAGGCGUUGGCUUGACGAGCAGAUUCCGGACUUGGUGGCUUCCUGUUUGCGACAGUGGAAAAUUGUCUGUAGCCAGUUGUGGGAACAGUCCAUGCUGGCGGUCGCCGGGAACAAAUCCAUGCGCGUGCUCUUUCACUGCUUUGGCGGCAUCAAUCGGAGCGCGGGGAUUUUGCGCGCUUGGCUCGUUGUCGCUUACGAGCGUUCCGCGCUGGAAGCCGUGCAGUUGCCGAAAUCCGGGCGCCAUUUCUCUUCCACUGUCAUAAUGCAGCAACAUUUUGAGCCUUUCUGGCGGCCUCGCUUUCUGAGCCUCUUUUGUGAAAUUUUCGCCGCCUGUCCGCCCAUCCUUCCGGUGUUGAGCAACCUAUGCAUGGGCCACGCAUGUAUGUUGGUGGCGAUGCUUCCGGGCAUGUCUGCCACGCUACUGCGUGAUCUAUCUUUGCCGUUGCCCUUUGUUGCUGUCGCGUAG